AUGCAAGAAGAGGUGAGAUCACUUUUGCAAAUUUCCAGUUUCUGCAAAAAUGCUGCACUCCAGGCAGUUCGUGCUGCUGCUGUUGCGCUGCUGCUGCAGCGCCGGCAGCAAAGCCGCGCCGGCCGCAGAAAUGCCCAAAUUGAAUUCUUGAAUUCCCAGUGCGCAGUGCAGCAGCCAGCAGCAGCAGCAGCAGCAGCAGCAGCAGCAGCAGCAGCAGCAGCAGCGCGGGAAGCGCGCGCAUGCAGCGAGAGGCAGCAGCUUUUGUGGGGAGCAGCAGACACAGAAUUUGAAACUCCAAACAGCAGCAAUUUGUACUUCAUUCCAAAUGCCUCUGUCGAUUCACAGCAGCAAGCCCUUUGCGAAGCCCUCAAGAUCCGGGCCCUCAGUCUGCUGUACGAACAGAAGCAGCAGCAAAGACAGAAGAAGCGGAAGCUGCUGGACAGCAGCAGGAAGUUCAAUUCGCCUGCGAGCUGGCGGCCCCCCAGCGAGGACUCAGGGGGCCGGUUUGCUGCUGCUGCUGCUGCUGCUGCUGCUGCUGCUGCUGCUUCUUUUGCUGCUGCACCUCUGCAUGCAGAAGAAGCAGAAGAGUGCAGCGAAAGUCCAGUUGCUUGUCUUUCGAAUUCCUUUCCUCCCCGCGCAAUCCAGGGGCCCCCGGACUUCCCCGAAUUCCCUUUGGGGAAAUCGCUGGGCGCAGCAGAAGUGGUCCGCGCUCCUCCAACUUGCAAACCAGCCCUCCGCCCCUGCAGUGCUGGCAGCUGUUGCAGCAGAGACGCGGCAGCAGCUGGAGGCGCUCGCUGCAGCAGCAGCAAACAAGUCUUUGGCAGCAGCAGCAGCAGCAGCAACCGCAGCAGCAGAAACAUCCUUCCUCCCGCUGCAGCCCCAAGGGCUCGUCACGCUGCACAUGCCACCCUCAAUGGCGCUGCUGCUGCAGUGCAGCAGCACCUACAACGCCUAAGCGCAAACCCUAAACCCUAA